GGUGAGUAACCUGAGCUGUGAGUUGCAUUUUGAAAAUCUCUGAGGCACUAUGAGUGAGUUUUACUGACAACACCAGAAACAUUUUUAACUAUUUGAGUGGUAGACUAUCCUGUCUAGGCUACUUUUUGUACUGUAAAAUGUCUUUAUUUAAUGUAUUAUGUAGUUUCUGUUAAUGUAAAACUGAGGAGCAGUGCUGACAUCACAUCACACCAUCGACCUCACCUGACAGCACAUUUACUGACAUGAUCAUUAAAAGAGGAACAUUAAACAUGGACAGGGAUCAAGAAGCAGAAUGAUGCAGUAUUGUUGUGAGACAUUAAAUCCAGGGCAUUUGAGCGUAUAGUCUGCUAGUUAUCCAGAACAUCUGUUUGCUGACAGCUCAUAUGUCUGUAUGUGGUCUGUGGUGUCUGUACAGUAUGUACUUUAUGUAGUUCCUUAUGUAUGGACUCAGUGAGCUGUAUGACAUUACAACGAAACCUCUCUGCUCAGUGAAUUUCCCAUCAGACACAACAGAGGAUUAAAUGAGCUGCUUCCCAGGAUGAUGGAGUGGAGUCACACGUUGCAAGGACAGCACAAUGCUUUCGUCUGGUUCACAGAGUCCCAGCUCCGGUCUGUGAUCAGGAACGGUGUAGUCCCAGAAUGGUUUCAUGGGAUCAUUUCCAGGAAGACGGCGGAGGAACUGCUGAUGUCCAAGCCUCCGGGCUACUUCCUCAUCAGAGUCAGCGAGAGCAGGAUUGGCUACACUCUCUCGCACCGUGCUGAGGACCGCUGCAGACAUUUCAUGAUUGAUGCACUGGAGGAUGGCCAAUACAUCAUAGUAGGGGAGAACAGGCGUCACCGGUUUCUGCAGGACCUGGUGGACUUUCAUCGUAGAACUCCCAUCAUGCCUUUCAGUGACGUGCUGACUGUCGCUUGUGGACAGACCUCGAAUGACAACACCGACUAUGCAGAACUGCUGUUCCCCCAAAGACAUCCGCACAGUAACGCCAGUUUGCUGGCAAACAACUUCCAGCUUCCCAGCGAAAGUCAACCGACUUCACAGAAAGAUAUCCCACCUGCCCUUCCUCAUCGACCAAACAACCUGAGGAACUCUGCAAUCCUGUCUCCAAACAGCCAGCCAAACAGACUCUACCCUAGUUUGGAAGAGGAAUACCCACAUGCCACCUCCCCUCUUUCAGCCACGCCUCUGCCAAUGACCAGAAACAAAUACACAGCCGACAACCCUCCGUCUAACCAGGCUCCUGAAGUCCCUGCCCGGACCUCGGUUCCUCCACUGAAGCAGAACCAGACUUGCAUCAGAACAGUCUCUGCGCCUGAGAAUCCCUCCACGCCCACAGCCUCUGAAAACUCAUCUGGGGCCAAUAUCCAGUCUGCAAAGAACCAGGAAGCCAAGCUGUCAGUCGUCAGCAACCUAAAGAACCUCAAGAAGAAAUUCCAAAAGAAGAGAAGCACAUCUCAGGAGCUUAUGUACACAGAGAUUAACGUGGAGGCGACUGACAGGAGUGGAAACACUGACAAUGAGUACCAGGAGAUCGCAGGGGAGCAAACCGGUCCACAGUUUUCCAACAGCAGAAGUGAUGUGAGGUCGACUGGUGGAGGGUUACCUCAGGAGUACCACCAGCCUCCACCUUUUGCCCCAGGCUACUGAUACACAACUGUUCCCAUAGAAAACAACGUACAGAUGGAUUGAUCAGUGGAUUGUGGAAUGACUGGAACAUGACUGAAUCGAGACAAAGAAGGUGGAGAGUCAUUCAACUGAACAUGAACAUCCAACCCCGAGAGGGUGCAGGUGCAGGACGAAAGCAGCAUACAAAGAAAAUUGUAACCUUAAAAAAGUUUAAUAAUGUUCUGUUUCGACAUUGAAGAUAUGUGUUUGUGUGAAUGUUUGUCUGCGCCAUUGACAUUGUAGGACCUUUAUUUGCUUUCUUUCUGAUAAAUAUGCGGCUCCACCCAGCAGCCAAUUAGCUUAUCCUAACACAAAGACUGGAAAUGGGGAAAACAGCACAGGAAACAAAUCUGCCCACGAGCACCUGUAAAAUUCAAUAAUUACCACAUGAUUACUCGGCUGUUUAUUCCAUCCAAAAACCGAAGCAUAAAAACCCUGACCCUGACCCUGAACCGAACCUUAACCCUAGCCCAAGCAAGCUGUUUCACCCUGUUUCCCAGACUCCCACCAGCAGCCUGAAGAUUCUCAUUUUCCAUUUCCCAAAUGUCGAACUAUUCCUUUAUCAUUUUGGGAGCUUGCAAUAUACAAUGUGCAAACUACUUCUCCCUUUCCUUUACACAACUGAAUCAAAGGUGCAGAAUUUGCUUUGUUUAGGACUCGGCUACAGUUGUUCCUCAGUUGUUAAUAGCGCAAAACAGAGUAAUCUGCUCUCUUCGUGUGGCUGUAACUAGUGCCAGCGCCUGGUAAAUGCUUUUAUUUAUUGGUCCGUUUAUUCACCAGAGAUAACGAAGAUCAACAUUGUUACACAAGAAGAAGUAAUCUACGCAGGCUUCUUCCCUGGCUCGGAUUUUAAAGGUUACAUGUUUUCUAUGCCUCUUUGGUCAUGUAACAAAGUAUGACAAGGCAGUAGGAGGAAGUAUUAUGCAGCAUAUGUAAAUCAGAAAUGAAAUUGUUAGCUGCUUUGAAUACACAAGUCAUACUGUCCUGUAGCAUCAGAUGCUGAUCUGCUAUCAGCGUUAUGAUUAGGGAAGCUGGAAGAAGCAGACGCUGAUAUUGGUCAAACUUGUUUCAAAGGUAGAAGCAUACAGGUGAGUACAAUUCACCUUUACGUAUUUCCCCAAACACAUCAUUUCAUUUUUACUGUAAAUGGCUUGGUCAGAACUUUGUUUUGUAGUCAUAACAGCUAGAGAUAAGAAUUAUAAAGCAUGUGAGCUCAAUAAUAUUUCACAUUUAUGUCUAUGAUUACAUAAUAUGUCGAAGGCUUCUAAUUUCGUGACAUGGCUGAGCUAACAAAUCAACUUUCUUGUUUAGUCUAUAUUGGCUUCCAGUUAUAGCUGUUUGCAAUCCCUUGCUUCAUGGCACAUACUUAAUAUUACUCUACCAUCUGUCUGCAGUUUAAAACAGGGGACUUAUGCGAUUUUGACUAUGACAAAUCAGGGACGCCCCAGUUUAUUCACCAAUAAUUUAGAUUUGCAUAGCUUCUGUUUCUGCUCUGUGCAGUUCCUCAUGUCCCCUGUCCUCUUCUUCCUCAUUUCCUUCAUUACUCACUCUGGUCUUUGAAUGGUAGGGCUUUUGUUACAUCCUCUUCACUCAGUGUUGGGGUGCAUGCUGUGGUGUUGUGAUGGCCUGGGAUUUUGAUUUGACCAGGAACCUGUAUGACAUUGCAGUCCCUUCCUAUCCCAUACUUUUCUCAUUUUACUGUAAAUGUUCUCACGAAGUGCCAACAAAAAUGUCAUCUGCAUAACGACCUCAGUGUUUUUUAUAAGCAGUUUAUAUGCUUUAUUGUUUCCAAUAAUUAGAUAGAUUGAGACAUUCUUAAGUUAUUCCUUAUAUAUUUGACUAGAUAAAAACAACAUUCAAAUAUUUUAAGUUUUGACAAUGGCAGUGGUCAAUGAGGAUUAUAAGGUGUAUGGUAGUCACAUCAGUUCUGUCUUAUUAUAGACUACCACCUAGUGGAAGUAAAUGGCAUCAGGUGCUCAAAGAAUAUACAGUGAGUACACCUUGGUGGUAUUUAGAUCGUUCCAUGAAAUACUGCAUGCAAUGUAAAAGUCAGAUUUUACAUUAUUAACUAAAGCUAAUGCAGCAAAU